AUGUUGCUCAACGGCUUGCGCUACAAGGCUCGAACGAACGGUGGCUCGUCGCAGGCGUCGGGUGGUAGCGUGUCCAGCGGCACCAAAAAGCAGCGCUCGAUUCAUGAUUUCUUCACACAAUCGUCGGUCGGGAACAAGCGUGUAGGUGGUAAGCUGCAUAAGGUCCGGCGGUCAUUGGAAGCGUCAGCAAAAGGCAAGAGCUUUGACUCCACAGUUUUGCAAGACGGUGAAGAUAAUUCGGUUUCAGUGCAAAAACGCAUCGAUUAUGACGUGAUGGACGACGAGAGCAGCGAAGAACCCAUUUUCUUUGUCUCUCAAAGUAGUGACAGCGGUCCGCGUAGACACAGACCCAUAAAAAUUGAUUUCACGGGUUGCUCUAGUCAACGUAGUGAACCCGACCUUGAGCCUACGCACACACCCGUGCGCUUUGGCCCGCCAUCUACAAAACAAGGUUACUACACGCCUGGGAGGGCAACGCCUUUGCAGCAGUCUAGUCAAGACGACAUGGACUUCCUUACGCCCCGAGACCAGCCGGUUAUUCCGUUGUCAAAUCCGACGACGCCAUCACCAUUGAAAAAGAGAUCGAGGCUUAACGAGGAAGUGGAUGUUAUUCAAGAAGAAAAAGUGCAAAAUCUCACGCAGGAAAUGGAUUACAUGGAAAUGAGGCACGCCACAAAGGGGUUUCCAUGUUUAAACAGUCAGACUUCUAUAGACAUGCAAUCAACAAAAGGUCAUGAGAUAGCCAAUGCAAAGAGACCAAAAAAUGGAGACCAGACUGCGCCAUUUCUGUCUGAGGAAUGUUACGUGAAUCCAUUUGCACCGAGGCCAAUGACUGAGUCGGGGAAGAAAAAAGUUUUACGACGCAAACGACGGUCUUAUCCGUCAGCGUGGACUGGAACGAAAAAUGGCUCACCUAUUUCCAGAUAUCUGACAGAUUUCUCUGAAGUGGGGUUGAUAGGCUCAGGCACUUUUUCUAAAGUAUAUAAGUGCAUGAAGAAGAUCGAUGGGUGGAUAUAUGCUGUGAAGAAACGCAAACGACACUUUCGGGGAAAGGCAGACACUGAGAGAGCUUUACGUGAAGUACAAGCUCUCGCCGCAAUGAGCAGUAGUAAUCACGUGGUUCGAUAUUUUGACGCUUGGAUAGAAAACGAUUUGCUUUACAUUCAGCUAGAAAAUUUAGAGGGCUGUUCGCUUGCUGGCUUCGUCAACAAAUUUGCACCGCACAAAGUACCAGAAGAAACGCUGUGCAAGCUUUUGUGUCAUAUUGCGCAGGCUCUAUACGAUAUGCACAGCAAAAAAAUGGUUCACAUGGAUGUUAAGCUACAGAAUGUUCUGGUCGGUCCAGGCGAAGUGUAUAAGCUUGGCGACUUGGGGACUGUUGCGCAUUUGGAUGGCAGUAUGGAUAUCACAGAAGGCGAUAAUCGGUAUUUAAGUCGGGAACUGCUUGAAGGCAAUCGAAAUAAUUUACGCGCUGGUGACAUCUUCGCUUUAGGGGCUACAAUUUAUGAGCUUGCGCUGGGAACAACACUUGCUAGUUGUGGCGAAGAAUGGCAAAAGAUCCGCGAUGGAGAUCUAGUGAUGUUUCGGCAUUACUCCAACUCUUUGCAGCAUCUGAUUGCUACCAUGUUGCACCCUGACGCACUGCAGCGUCCUCUUGCCGAAGAUAUUUUGCAGCACGAAGUCGUGCAUCCAUUUCGGUAA